AUGGGUUUAGUUUCUGGACUCAGGCCGAAGCAUCAAAAGCUGAUCCUUCGGUGUUAUCCCGCAGGUAAGAGCACUGAGAAAAAACCUAACAACGCCGAAUUGAGCUAUCUACUUUAUUAUGCCACGACAAGACGGACAAAAUUGGAGAAAGUGGGUGUCUUUUUGGAGAAAAAAACAGCCGUGGACACCAGCCGUGUUAAGACUGGGAACAUCCAGGUUACCCUGGACAUCAUUGCCGAGCUGACUGAGAAGUGUUCCGAGAAUUUGGGUGUCUUUGCAGGGAAUAUCGUGAAUAUACUGACGAUGGUGGUCAAAACUGGUGAUUUGGCAUUAUGCCAGCAUUCUUUGAAGGUCCUCGGUAUCUUUUGCAAGAAGCUGAACUCUACGCUUGCGGCCGACAAGGACUUCAUCUCAGGGUUCUCUAAUCUGGUGAACAAGUAUGCAGAACUGGGAGCAAAGCCUCAGAAACCGAAUGAAUCGGAAUGGCUGGUUGUUUCUUUGGUGGCUUGCAGAUACGUUGCCGUGUGUUUGAGAUACUCUUACUCUUUCGACAGAGCUGUGAUCCAGAAGGCUGUUGCUUUGAUUUUGAGCUCUGUUACUGGCCACUUCAGCGAGAACGCAUUAUUGGCAAAGAUGAAGUCCCAUGUUUCCAUGGAGAACGACACCAUCAGGGCAGCCAAAACUGUGAACACGGAUCUCAACUAUAAUGAUCUGAAUGUGGAAGAGGAGGCUAUUAACUCGUUGAAGGCUCUAUUCAACACGGACUAUCCCUCGCAACUAAGCCAGUCCACUAGAGCUGUGGGCAGUUUCAUAACAUCUUCCGUCCCUAGCAUGGACCAGGGAUGGUCUGAUGCUCUUAUAGAGAUGAUUGCCAGUUGGACUCCCGUCCAGCUUCGCUAUCUCAUCCUGGAAUCGCUCAUUUCGGAGGCAAUAGAAAACAAGGAUUUCAAGUCUCAGAAGACUCUUAUAGACAACAUUAGCGCCCUGUUGUCUUCAUCGGUUGUCAUUAUUGGUCUAUCGGUGAGAGAUGUCGUCAGCAAGCUUCUCGAUCAACAGGACAAACUGGUCACUGUUGCCAACUCCGAAAGCUUGGUUGGAAGCUACUCUGCGUGUAUACAGAGCCUGGCAGAACACAUCAUCUACAAGGAUCAAAUCUCAGAUAUGGUGGACGAGUCCUUGUUGGUCUUCAGUGAAUCCUACCUCAAAUUAUCAGAGGAGGUUCAUGGCUCAGAAGCGAGCUCCAAGAGGUUUGAGUUGUCAUCAAAAUGGUUUAUUCGCGAUAUAAGUGGGAUCAUUGAUGUUGCACACAAGCAGUCGGACACUGUUGAGAGACAACCGUGCUCCCUGGGUAUUUGGAACAAACUCUUUUCCAUCAUUGGUUUUGAGAGCAUCGAUAACACAGUGCGCAUUUCUGUGCAGAAGAACUGGCUUGAUCUUCUGAUCAAGUUCUUCACUACUGAAUUCACACAUGUCAAAGAAACAACUACACCCGAUUACCAUAACUACAUAACUUCAAAUGAAGGAAGCAACGCCAUUGUGCACAUAUUUGCGAGUCUUGAUCAGUUGUUUGCGCAGGGUUCCCCCGAGCUAUAUGUCACUCUGGCCAAAGUUGUUCUCGUGGUGAUUGACAAGUUCUCCAUCAACGCUUUAUACAACGGUAUGCCAUACUUCUUCCGCUGGCAAGCUGAAUUGUCGAAGGAUGCCAGUGUCUCUAAGGUUGCCCGUGAUAGUCUGUCCAUGCUCUUUCUGUUGAGGGGCUCACAACAGCUCGAGAUUGAGGGUUUAGAACAUGAAGUGAGAGCUAAAAUAGCUGCCAGAAAGGCCAAUGGUGUGUGGUAUUCAGAUUACGACUUUGCUGUUGGAACUCUUGUUGGUUCGUCUGCGGUGCUUACCUUCAGUAAGCCAGAGCUGAUCUCAUUACUGUCUGCGAACGAGGCAGCGUCAAAAUGGUUGGUUCCUUCCAUAGACCCUGAGUCUCACAGAGGUGACUUUAAUAUGUUACUGAGACCCUCCAAAGUCCCAACAUUAUUGUCGAUGUCUGCCCAAAGCUCGUUUCUGCAUCUGUCCAACGGACAUGACUCGAUCAGAGGCACCAGCAGCGCUCAUGACGGUAACAUUGAUGACACACUUGCUCGCGAUAAUCACACGGACUCGGACAAUCUUACGGAAACGUUUGACAAAACUGCUGAUACUCAGAGCCUAAUUUCUGUCGCAUUCUCGUGGGCCGCUCACUCUACUGCAGUCAGCCGUCACUCUAAGGCUCCAGGCGUGAAGGACCUACGCAAGGCUGUAUCAGGCGAUAUUCUACUGAGAGGCAGGCAUGAGGAUUCUACUGCUGAUAACGUCAGCGUAAACGUAACCAGAAGUGGUCUUGCGAAUCUGGUGGCUGGUCUCAGUCUAGAGGAUGACCAUGAUACAGAUGGUAAGUUGAUCGCUGUUUAA